AUGGAUGUUGUUGAUUCCGAUUCCGAUUCCGACAGCGAGGUGGAAACGCGGGAACAAAAACCCGCUCUCAACCCCGAGGAAAGAAGAGGCCAUGACAUGCUAAGAGAUCUCUUUUGGGACAUUGCGCUAGAGCCCUUUGACCAGGGUACCAUAGAUACCAUUAUGGGUAUCCUACGCAAGCAUCCCACGUUGAAUUUCCAAACCUUCAAGAAUAGUCCCUAUUCUCGUGGAGCGUCGGUACCGAUCAACCCCCGGACAACCAGUCGAGAUGGAGUGAGCCUCCAGCCGUUUUCCUAUUUGAUCAUUGGGGGCGCGUCCAUUGAUAUCCUCAAGGAGAUCGUGGAUAAUAUGGGCUGGAAGAACUGGGGGUUGCGGGAACAAAUGGCCGAUGGACACCGCUACUUUCCACUGGAGACUGCGAUACGCCAUCGAUCGGAUGAUCCUGCCGUCAUUCGGUUCAUGGCUGAACAAACCAAAAAGCACUGUGAACUCACCAUUAUGGAUCUGAGAGCCAAUCCGCUGGUCGCGGCCAUGGACAAAUACGCCCCUCUGGAAACCAUGCAGGUCCUAGUGGACAUUCACCCCGAAUUUGUCAUGCAACGUUUCGCGUUGAAUUCCGAAAUGACAGCUCUGGAACGAGCGCUUUGGAAUCAGUCUCCGGCCGCACAGGAUAUCAUUGAUUUUUUGGUGUCCAGUAUAAUACGAAAAUCACCCCUCUCCUUUGAACGACUCAAAUUCAACAAUCCCCGCCAUACCAUGACACUACAAUCCACAAAGGCGUUGCUGACGCUCAUGCCGUAUUUUGAAACCAUGGAUAUCGAUGUUGGCAAUUGGCAGACCGAUGCCUGGUUACAUUUUCUGCAAAAUGCUCCACAAUCCGGCAGUACCAAAGUCCUCGGUCUGUCUCUUCCGAGUGGACUCUCGGAGGAUGAUUUAGGUCCUGCGUGCAAUGCCUUGUCCUCCUUUUUGACCAAUACGUCGUUAGUGGAACAAAUCAGAGUACUGGGUGGACCCGAACAGACCGACGUCAACGAACAUCCACCACAAUUUAUUCACGCCAUUGAAACCGGUGUCAAUGAAACCUGCAAACUACAAUCACUAGAGCUUCAACGAUUCCUCUUUACGGCCCAUGAGGAAGUCACUGCACUCCUGAACAUGCUGGUGGGAAAAUCCAAUCUGAAAACGAUUACGCUGGUCAACGUGGAGAUUCAACAGCAGCAGCAACAAGAUCAACAACAACAAUUACCCACCGAGUCGGUUUCCCCGAUCCAGUCACUGUCUCUGAGUUGUUGCCGCAUGCCACCACCACUUCUCAAGUGCCUACUCCAUGUGGCUUCCAAAAUGCCAGUAUUGUCGUCCUUGUCGAUUGUGGGUCAAACAACGGCUUCCUGGGAAGGAUUGGGGGAAACCAUGGCGACCAUCUUGGAUCGAAAUGUACUCACCCGACUCUAUGUGCUCAAAAGCUUGGAUACGCACAUUGUCGAUCUCACCGCUGUGGGCAAAACAUUGCGGGCGAAUACGAGUCUGACAUCGUUGCGGUUUCAUGGCAAAUCCACCGGAGUCAAUUCGUUAGCGCAGGCGUUGGAACAGGACAAUGUGACUCUGACGUGCUGUGAUCAUCAAGGAGACGAAGUUAGCAAUGAUUGGAAAAAAGCCGAGUAUUAUGCCAAUCUCAAUCGAUUGGGGAGAGGGCAAGUGCGCGAAGGAUCCACCACUCUGACAGACUUGACCGAUUUGUUGUUGGCAGCCAGAAAAGCGAGAAACACAGGUACGACUAGCUUCACAUUCACAAAGCUCGAUGUAUUUUUCGGAAUGUUGCGGGAGCGCCCCGAACUCUGGUGUUAUUGCGGUGGUGGUGGUGUGGCCUCAUCAUCAUCACAAGGUCGAAAACGGAAACGAUAG